CACUUCCCUAGAGCUUGGUGUGAUGAUUAACUCUCAGGCCAUUUCCUCUCCCUUCUCUCAAGUCACAGCUCACCUUGUCUCCCAAGCCACUUUCUAGGCUCCUGCCAUCUUAAACCCUUUUAAAAGCUGGAAGUUGUGUUGGAGAAGGAUAUCGGGCCGUGGAGAGAUUUCCCUUCCCCCAGUAUCCCCAAUAUGGCCUCCUCAUCACCUAAAUAUAAUUCAAACUCCUUGGAGAGCUCGUCAAUUAAAAGGAUCCCAAAAGAUGGAACUAAAUGGGAGCAAAAUGAGGAAAUACCUCGUCUACCAGGAGAAACUAGCAUCACAGACAAGGAAGUUAUCUACGUAUGUCCAUUUAAUGGUGCUGUUAAAGGAAGACUGUAUGUUACAAACUACAGACUAUACUUAAGAAGUGUGGAACUAGAUCCAGUUGUGAUAUUAGAUGUUCCUCUGGGUGUAAUUGCAAGGAUUGAGAAAAUGGGUGGAGCUUCAAGUAGAGGAGAAAAUUCCUAUGGACUAGAUAUUACUUGUAAAGAUAUGAGAAAUCUACGGUUUGCACUGAAACAAGAAGGUCACAGCAGAAGAGAUAUAUUUGAAAUCCUUACAAAAUAUGCUUUUCCCCAGUCACAUAAUUUGCCUUUUUUUGCCUUUGUAAAUGAAGAAAAGUUUGCUGAAAAUGGUUGGAUGGUUUAUAAUCCGAUGCCUGAAUAUAGGAGACAAGGACUGCCCAAUGAACAGUGGAGAGUAACUUUUAUCAAUGAACAUUAUGGACUAUGUGAUACAUAUCCAUCACUUUUGGUAGUCCCAUAUAAUGCCACAGAUGAUGAUCUUAAGAAAGUUGCUGCUUUUAGGUCCCGAAAUAGAAUUCCAGUGCUGUCGUGGAUUCAUCCAGAGAACCAAGCUGCUGUUAUGCGCUCCAGUCAACCUCUUGUUGGUAUGAGUGGGAAAAGAAAUAAAGAUGAUGAAAGGUAUCUUGAUAUUAUCAGGGAUGCUAAUGGACAGAUCUCAAAACUGACUAUCUAUGAUGCAAGACCCAGUGUAAAUGCAGUAGCUAACAAGGCCACUGGGGGAGGAUAUGAAGGCGAUGAUGCAUAUCCCAAUGCAGAACUCUUCUUCCUAGAUAUUCAUAAUAUUCAUGUCAUGAGGGAAUCUUUAAAAAAGUUGAAGGACAUUGUUUAUCCUAAUGUAGAAGAAUCUCACUGGCUAUCUAGUUUGGAGUCAACUCACUGGUUAGAACAUAUCAAGCUUGUCUUGACAGGAGCUAUUCAAGUGGCAGACAAGGUGUCUUCAGGGAAGAGCUCAGUGUUGGUACACUGUAGUGAUGGUUGGGACCGAACAGCACAAUUAACUUCUCUAGCCAUGUUGAUGUUAGACAGCUACUACAGAACAAUUGUGGGUUUUGAAGUUCUGGUACAAAAGGAGUGGAUAAGCUUUGGACACAAAUUUGCAUCGAGAAUAGGCCAUGGUGAUAAAAACCAUGCUGAUGCUGAUAGAUCACCUAUCUUUCUCCAGUUCAUUGAUUGCGUGUGGCAAAUGUCUAAGCAGUUUCCAACAGCUUUUGAAUUCAAUGAACAAUUCUUGAUUACAAUUCUGGACCAUUUGUAUAGCUGCCGAUUUGGUACUUUCUUGUACAACUGUGAAUCUGUUAGAGAAAAAGAGAAAGUGACUGAGAGAACAUUGUCAUUGUGGUCACUGAUAAAUAGUGAAAAAGCAAAGCACACCAAUCCUUUUUAUACUAAAGAACUGAAUCGAGCACUCUAUCCAGUAGCUAGUAUGCGUCACUUGGAACUUUGGGUCAAUUAUUACAUUAGAUGGAAUCCACGGAUUCGGCAGCAACAGCCAAAUCCCGUGGAGCAGCGUUACAUGGAGCUCCUAGCACUGCGUGAUGACUACAUGAGAAGACUUGAAGAACUACAGAUCACAAAUAAUUCUAAGAUUUCCAAUUCAUCAGCCUCAUCAGCAUCUCCCUCACAAAUGAUGUCCCAUGUGCAAACUCAUUUUUGAAGGAAAAAAUGUUUCUUUCUUUGAACAUUGUAACCAUAAGUGGUGCUUAAUGUAGAUCUAUAAUACAAAAAGGAAUAUCUGAAUGCCUUAUAUUGGACCUCUUCCUAACAUGAAAUUUUUUAGAUUGUCUCCAUAGUUGGAAGACUUGAAAGAACAGUCUCUUCAAUUCAUUUGUGCCUUUCAGAAUCUGUGGACAGGAAACAUUAUCCAACAUGGGAAGCUUAUAUGGGAUGCUUUAGAAGUGUAUUUUGUAAAAGUUUGAUACAAUUAGAAAUAUGAUUUGAUUUUUUUUUUUAGUAUGCAUUAAUUUAUUGCAUCAUUAGGUCCUGAUCCUGCAAAGACAUAACCAUGUGCUUAAUUUUAUGCACUGUGAAUAGAGCCAUUGACUUCAGUGGGGCUUUUCACAGCGUAUAAAUGUAAGGAUGUGUGUAAG